AUGUCAACCAAAUCAUCCCCUUCCCCUUCUCCUGUCAAAGACGGUGCAGAUAUGCAGAGACAGGGUAGCAGUCAAUCUACCAAAGAUGGUAACUCGUCGCUAAAAAAGCGAGUCAGAGAAGGCUCUUUGGAGCCAUCACAAGCUGGAAAUUCCAUUCCCGACCCAGUUGCUACCAAGAAGAACCGAAUUCACUCCUCCUCUAGCAAGUCUGCUGGACCUAACGACAUCGCCGAGGUUGAAGGGGAGGAUCACUCAUCGCCAGCUCAAGAUGUAAACUUGGAAGCUGGAACUAGUGCUUCUCGGAAAGAGGAGAAACCGGUCGGUGAAGUGAGAAAGAAAGUGGAAAAGAUGUCGUAUGAGGAAGGAAAAUCGUCAGAUCCUUCUCGAACCGAGAAGAGCGCGAGGUCUAAUGAGGAUGUGGAAAUUGAAGACGAAGGAAAGGAGACUGAACGCCCCAAUGGAGACGAGUCGUGGGAGAAGAUUGAGAAAGAUGAAGUGGAAGGUUCGAAUGGUGAAAGCUUGAAGAGAAAAGCUCUGAAUCGAAGCGAGAGCUCGUACGCUCACGAACCGGAGGAUGUCAGUACCAAACGUGCCAAGGAUCUGCCAUCGGACAAGUCCAACAAAGCUCCAAGUCCCAAGAAGACCCAAAAGACUUUCAGCUCAUUCGCAUCAUCUGCCUCGCCAUUCGCCUCUCUCAAGAGCUCAUCACCCACAGCGGAUGAUGCUACAUCCACUUUGGCUGCUCCCAAGCCCGAGACGGCGAUAAAGCCUCAAUCAACAUUCGGAUCAUUCUCCGGUACAUCGUCACCCUUCGCUUCCGGUGCCAGUCCUGCACCCACUUCUUCCACACCCUUAUCCUCGCAAACUACCGAAACAGAAACAACAGCUCCCGCAAAGAAACCCCAAGCUACUUUUGGAGCUUUUUCAUCUUCCGCUUCCCCUUUCGCAUCGACCAAAUCGACGUCGGCAUUUGGUUCGGCCCCAAUCAAGGGAUCGGCUUUCGGGACUUAUUCGUCAACUUCGUCUGCUUUCUCGACUAAGAAGACUACUCCGGUAGAAGGGGAAGAGAAAUCCGAAGCUGGUCCGUCCAACUUUGCUGAUAUCCUCAAGGAGACUGGAGGAGAUGAGGAGACUGAGGAGAAAGUGGAAAUGCAAGAGCAGGAUGUCUCCACUGGUGAGGAAGAGGAGGAGACGGUUUUCCAAACACGUGCGAAACUUUACAUAAACGAUAGAAAGACGGGAUGGAAGGAGAGGGGUGUUGGUAUAUUGAGACUGAAUGUUAAUCGAUCUGAUGGUAGUGGGGCCAGACUAGUCAUGCGAGCGGAUGGUGUUCUGCGACUGAUCCUAAACUCAAGAAUAUACAAGGGAAUAACCACAUACCCUAGCGACAAGAAGGUUAACAUGACUCUACCUGAGGAUGGCAGAAUGGUCAUUGCUUGUUUCAGGAUGUCAAAUACCAAGCAGGUCGAAGAUUUUAUUGAAGCAGUCGAACAACAUCAACCUGAAAGUUGGGUUCCUGAUACGAACUACACAACUUCCGCUUAA